AUGUCUAAAGAUACCGAAGCAAUGCGUGAGGAAAUCAUGGAGUCGAAGGUAUUGUGGUACCCGGACUCAAAGAAGAAUACUCAGAUGGACAGAUUCAGGACGCAGGUCAACCGAGACUUCGGACUUAAUUUAGCCAAUUACAAUGAUCUGUACCAGUGGUCCAUCGAGAGUUACCCCGAGUUCUGGGCCGAAGUGUGGCGGUACUGUGGUGUGGUCAGCUCUAAGAUUUAUGAAGAGGUGGUGGAUGUGACCAAGAGAAUUUCGGACGUUCCGGAGUGGUUUAAGGGCAGCCGCAUGAACUACGCUGAGAACCUUCUGAAACAUAAAGACCAGGACAAAGUAGCCCUCUACGCAGCUGCGGAGGCCAGGGAGGAGAUCACCAAGGUGACCUUCGGGGAGCUGAGGCGCGGUGUGGCGCUGUUCGCCGCUGCCAUGCGCAAGAUGGGCAUCUGCACCGGGGACCGGGUCGUGGGUUAUCUGCCCAAUGGGGUCCAUGCGGUUGAGGCCAUGCUAGCUGCCGCUAGCAUUGGUGCUAUCUGGAGCUCCACCUCCCCAGACUUCGGGGUCAAUGGGGUGCUGGAUCGCUUCUCGCAGAUCCAGCCCAAACUCAUCUUCUCUGUGGCUGCGGUCGUCUACAACGGCAAGCAGCACGACCACAUGGAGAAGCUGCAGAGCGUGGUGAAAGGGUUGCCAGAUCUGAAGAAGGUGGUUGUGAUUCCGUACGUGCGCUCCAGGGAAGAGACCGAUUUGUCCCGGCUGCCAAACAGUGUGUUCCUGGAGGACUUCCUGGCGAUGGGGAAAGAGGGGGAUCAGGACCCCCAGCUGGAGUUUGAGCAGCUGCCCUUCAGCCACCCCCUGUUCAUCAUGUUCUCCUCUGGCACCACCGGCGCCCCCAAGUGCAUGGUGCACUCCGCCGGGGGCACCCUUAUUCAGCACCUGAAGGAACACAUUCUCCAUGGCAACAUGACCAGUAGUGAUGUCAUCAUUUACUACACCACGACGGGCUGGAUGAUGUGGAACUGGCUGAUCUCCUCGCUGGCGGUGGGGGCGUCGGUGGUGCUGUACGACGGCUCCCCCCUCGUCCCCACGCCCACCGUGCUCUGGGACCUGGUGGACCAGCUGGGGAUCACCAUCUUCGGGACAGGAGCCAAGUGGCUGGCUGUGCUGGAGGAGAGGAACCUCAAACCCGCUGAAACGCACAGCCUGCAGACGCUGCACACCAUCCUGUCCACGGGCUCCCCGCUGAAACCCCAGAGCUACGAGUACGUGUACCGCUGCAUCAAGAGCAACGUGCUGCUGGGCUCCAUCUCAGGUGGGACAGACAUCGUCUCCUGUUUCAUGGGUCAGAACCUGACGGUGCCGGUGUACCGGGGGGAGAUUCAGGCCCGAAAUCUGGGCAUGGCGGUGGAGGCCUGGAGCUACGAAGGGAAGCCUGUUUGGGGGGAGAGCGGGGAGCUGGUGUGCCUGAAGCCCAUUCCUUGCCAGCCCACACAGUUCUGGAAUGACGAGAACGGGAGCAAAUACCACAAGGCCUACUUCUCCACCUUCCCAGGGGUCUGGGCCCACGGCGAUUACUGCAAAAUCAACCCCAAGACCGGAGGCAUCGUCAUGCUGGGCCGGAGCGACGGGACCUUGAAUCCCAACGGUGUGCGAUUCGGGAGCUCUGAGAUUUACAACAUCGUGGAGGCCUUUGAGGAGGUGUCCGACAGCCUUUGUGUUCCUCAGUACAACAGCGACGGCGAGGAGAGGGUGAUCCUCUUCCUGAAGAUGGCGCCCAACCAGGCCUUCGGUCCGGGGCUGGUCCAGAAGAUCCGCGGGGCCAUCCGGGUGGGGCUGUCCGCUCGCCACGUUCCCGCCCUCCUGCUGGAGACCCGAGACAUUCCGUACACCAUCAGCGGGAAAAAGGUGGAGGUGGCGGUGAAACAGGUGAUCGCUGGGAAGGAGGUGACCCAGCGCGGCGCGUUCUCGAACCCGGACUCCUUGGACCUUUACAAGAACCUUCCAGAACUUCAGAACUUCUAAGCUGCGGGUGACGGCGGGGAAAGCCAGGCCUGGAUGAGCCUGUGUUCUCUAGGGACUGCUCUGGUAAAGGGCCUCUGUGACGGAGGAGGUUCAGCUCUGCUACUGACUUUUCUUAUGCAGCAUAUUGUGUAUAUUAAUUCUGAUUUCUUUCUUUUUUUAUUAUUAUGGUUAUUAUUCAUCUUGUGUGUUUUCUCAUCAACCUGUCAUUUUGAUGGAGGUUUCCUUCAAUUCGCAUCACAAAAAUAACAGGAGAAAAUCAGGGAAAAGGACACGCCCCUCCGCUGUCUGAUUGGCUGUUUGGUGAUGUUCCACAAUCAGGUCUGGACUCUGUAGAACAGGAGGAGGUCUCACCUCACCUUGCCUGCCCUGCUCAUGCUGAGUAACUGAAUGGGGGAAGUGUGCAGUAGCGUGUGCAGUCUCGCUGUGGGUUGGUUUUCGGUUGUGUGGAGUUGAGCGUGUCUGAGAGAUGGGGGGUGUUUGGGGGGUGCAGUCAGGUGCGAUGCUGAGAGAUGGGGGGUGUUUGGGGGGUGCAGUC